AGUUCGCUGUUCGCCUGACAUCGCUGACAUCUUUCUUUGUGCAACUUCUUAAAGUCGCUCUUGCUUGUGUAAAAUCCCGUUAAUUUGCUUUCGUAAUUUGUGUUAACAAAGGCUUUAACAAUUCGUGACGGUGAAGUGAUUUAUGAGCUACGUGACACGGGACGCUGGCCUCUGUAUAUGCCAAUAACUCCGUGCUAUAAUAAAGUAUUGUUAUAGUAAUUUAUCGAUUAACCUUCUUCAACAUAUUGUUUUCAAUGCUGUUUAUUUAUUAGUGCUGUGUGGUGACUAAGGAACCAGCAGCAGGAUUUUUGUGAGGAAGUGCAUCUCAAGACUGAGCCGUGUCUUGGGGAAAAAUCAACCCGGGCACUACGGUGGCCCCAGAAACACCCCCUCCAGCUCCCCAACCACCAGAUGCUGUUGCAGGAGCGUUGGAGAUGACGGGUACAGACAAUAUCCGCUUUAGCGGGCACACUAUAGACAAGGCUACUAAAGCCAAAGUCACCCUUGAGAACUUCUAUACGAAUCUCAUUACACAGCACUAUGAGAGAAAGCAAAGGCUGGAGAAACUGGAGGAGUCGCUCAAAGAUGAAAGCCUCACAGAGAGUCAGAAACAGGAGAAGCGUCAGCAACAUGCUCAAAAGGAAACCGAGUUUCUUAGGCUCAAACGUUCGCGGCUUGGUGUCGAAGAUUUUGAGCCCUUGAAGGUGAUUGGCAGAGGUGCGUUUGGUGAAGUGCGAUUAGUUCAGAAGAAAGACACGGGUCACGUAUAUGCUAUGAAAAUACUCAGAAAGGCAGACAUGCUUGAGAAAGAACAAGUUGCCCACGUGCGAGCGGAAAGGGAUAUCCUAGUGGAAGCAGACCACCAGUGGGUGGUGAAGAUGUACUACAGUUUCCAAGACCCCAUGAACCUUUAUCUCAUCAUGGAGUUCCUGCCAGGUGGUGAUAUGAUGACGCUUCUAAUGAAGAAAGACACCCUCAGUGAAGAAUGCGCCCAAUUCUAUGUAGCGGAGACGGCGCUCGCUAUUGAUAGUAUACAUAAACUUGGAUUUAUCCAUAGAGAUAUAAAACCCGACAAUCUGCUACUAGACGCGCGUGGGCACAUCAAGCUCAGUGACUUUGGUCUCUGCACCGGCCUCAAGAAGAGUCACCGUACCGAUUUCUACCGGGACCUUAGUAGAGCUACACCUUCCGAUUUCAUCUAUUUCCCAGUAACCACGUCAUCCUCCGCGAUGGACUCCAAGCGACGAGCCGAGUCUUGGAAGAGAAAUCGGCGCGCCCUCGCCUACUCUACCGUUGGAACACCUGAUUACAUCGCACCAGAGGUCUUUCUGCAAACUGGAUAUGGUCCACAGGCUGAUUGGUGGAGCUUGGGAGUCAUUAUGUAUGAGAUGUUGAUCGGAUAUCCGCCAUUUUGUUCGGAAUCGCCGCAAGAAACGUACCGUAAAGUUAUGUCUUGGCGCGAAUCUCUCACGUUUCCACCAGAGAUCCCUAUCAGCGAGGAAGCCAGAGAGACCAUACUUCGCUUCUGUUCUGAACCUGAUCGCAGACUGGGUUCCCAACGGGGCAUUGAAGACGUGAAAUCCGUGUCUUUCUUCCGAGGCGUGGACUGGAACCACGUACGCGAGCGCCCGGCCGCUAUCACUGUUGACGUACGCUCCAUCGACGACACCUCGAACUUUGACGACUUCCCGGACGUGAAGCUCGAAAUUCCCUCAGCACCGAUCACUCAGGACGGCGAAGUAGCGUAUAAAGAUUGGGUGUUCAUUAACUACACGUUUAAGAGGUUCGAAGGGCUCACUCAGAGGGGUACUCCGACAAAGAAGUGAACCCACUGCCCUGACGACACUCGAGCUUAUUCACUUCAACGCGCCAGAUAACUAAAAAUCACAGUGAGUAAAGUAUUGAAAAGCCACAAGUGUAUCAUAAACCUACCUGAUGCCUCAAGGUUUUUAAUGUUAGAUAAAAUACUUGUACAUAGAUGUAAGCUUACAUUUCUCCUGUUCUGAGUCUCUGUCCCUUGAGUCACUUGUUCAUGGAUAACUUUUUUUUUUCUUAAUUUUAUUUUACACGAUACUUUUUACAAUCGUCCUAUCGCUGUGUUCCUAUAUAUUCUCGGGAACGGCUGGGCCGUGUCGAGUUUUAUGAUUUUUAUUUCUCUGGCGAGGUAUAAAUGUACUAACACUGUCUAUAUUAGAUUUCUUUUAAGUAUUUUAAUUUUGCGCUCGAUAUUUUAUUUUUUUGUUAUUUAUCAGAAAAUUUAUAGUUAUACGUAACUAUAAUACGAAUUAAGUACAUACUUUAGUCGCUUACGAGCGUUCCUAAGAAUAUGAGUGAUCGAAGCUGUUUUUAAUCGUCUUAAAGUACCACUUAACGGGAACGACCUACGUUUAACUGUACAAUACUAUAUACACUUGAUUUUGUCAAAGACUACAUAUAAAUUACUUUUACUGGAACCCCUUAACUCGAGCCAUUCUUGCUUCGUAGAAUGUUGUAUGUUACAUGUGAUUGUGGUAGAGUGAAUCAAAUCCGAAUGAUAAACUUUAACUUUUACUAGAAUCAUUAUUAAUGUCAGUGUUAAUCAUUCGGUAAUUAGCUUAAGGGCGAUGCAUUUUUCAUGUGAAUUCCUACGGACCAACAUUAUCUUGCCAAUGCGUUGAAUGCAUUUUACCUAUGACAAGUAAUUGAUUUAUUAGUGUUGGUCAAAUUAUUGCAGCCUAGUUCUGUUGAUAGAAAGGCGAAUAAAUUUUAAAUUACAGAAUGAUAUACGCUAAAGACUAAAUAAUUGUAAGCUUGUAGGCUUGCUGUGUGUCUACUCAAAACAAUUAUAUAAACUCAAUACAAGAAUUGUGGACGAUCUUAAAUUAUUUACAACAAUACUGAAAUGUUACUAAUGAUCCAUUAUUUUGAUUGUAAUAUGAAGGGAAUUUUAUUUAUAUCAAAACUUUAGGUUGUUCAAUAACUUGGAUGUUUGUCAGGCGUAAUCCUAUCUGUAACUAUACACAUUAUAAUUCUAAUAUAUUUUUAUAUUUAUGUAAAUAUCGAUUCGAGGUUCAGAGUUCAAUUCAUUGCAAUAGUAUUCCGUCCAAAAAUUUAGUUACUAUAAAAUGCUUUAUUCUUAAAGUCGAAUAUUAAUUCUCAUAUAAAUUGUACAUUAUAAUUAGACGUUUGAACAAUUAUUCCUGAUAGAUUUCCAAUUAAUGAACAACUUAAAACAGAUGCCAGGUUUUUUUUUGUCCGUUGACAAUUCAGCGAAUAUAACAAAAACAUUUGUGAUAAAUUAUCAAAUAACAACACAACAUUCAAUGUUACGGUGAACGCUCAGAACUUCAUUAUUAUUUUUAAUAUAAAUUUUGUAAGUUGUAUUUUAAUUAUUAAAAUUUUAUUUCAAAAUGUUCGUUUAGUAUAAUUUAACUUAGUUUAAUAAUAAAAUUCUUGUCCUUUGAAUUGUCGCUGCCUUUUUGCGUGGCUAAUGCUUGUUUCCGGAUACCAAUGGAUGGACAACGAAACUGCAUUUGGAUAAAAAUAUAUUAAGAUCCAACCUUUAAACAUCGUCAUGUAUAUUUCACAAAUCAGUUUAAAUACAUACGAGCCUCUGUUAAAUCGGCAUUAUGUUAAAUUAUAUUUAUAAUUGUAUUAUUUUAAUGUGACUAAUCUAAUAUUAGUUAAAUUAUUUGAUUAAUUGUAAGUACACUUUUGUCGGCGUCUGUACCAAUUUCAAUAGUUUUUAGCUCUCUUCAACUGUGUUCACUAAAAUAAUCCAUCACUUACCCUAUUUAUUAUAUGUUGGAUGUACUCAUUUAUCCAUUAAACAAAUGUCAAUAAAAUCCAGGACUACUGCUUUAUUCUAGCCCUGUUAGAGCCUAGGUAUAUGAGAGCAAUGUAAUUGGAUGUUUGCGUUUAUAAUUGACGGCCACAAUUUUUUUAAAUUACAUUUUAAAUAUUGUAUGAGAAAUCAGUAUUGACUAAAUAAGAUAUUUGUUUUAUUGUAUGUAUUUCAUCCCUGUAACUAAUACAUACACAUAUGUCGUGUGAAUGUGUCUUGACAAUGAAAACUAUUUUGUUGAGAGUACAGAAAAUAGAUUCAGACACACAUGUCAAACGGCUUAUCCACUGUGAAUGUAGCAACUGUAAAAUGUUGCUAAGAAUAAUAUUAAUAUAUUGCGAACUUCACAGUGGUGAUUUUGUUUGAUGCCGUCUAUAGUAUCAAAUGCUUUUCUGCCUCAAGCCUGCAUUUUCAAUGUCUUCGCUAUUCGCUUUGUUAUUGUUAAAGUAGUAUGUGGAUUGUAUUAUUUAAUUUGUUUAGAGUAAGUCUUAAAAUAUAUUUUAUUUAACGUCUUGUUUCUUCCAUGUGGUUUAAGAAAGUGGCAAUACGAAACGGUAUUAAAGAG